CACGGGACCGUUUUCUCCGUAACACCAGGGCCGUUGUGCGGUAACCGAGCGGUGUUGAGACGUGAGUCGUGCCUCGGUACCUGGAUGGACGCCCAGCGGUUCAGUUAGCUAACGUUUAAGCGAUGUUUUCGCUGAUUUCCGCGGACACCGGGACGGGAAACGGUUGAGCGGGACGACGUUCAGGUGGAGUCACCAGCACAGACCUGAUGUUGCAGCGGGUGGCGGUGGUCGGUGCCGGAGCAGCCGGACUCUGCGCAGCCAGGCACAUCCUGUCCCGUUCAGGCCGCUUCGCUCCUCCGGUGGUGUUCGAGCUCUCUGAAAACGUAGGCGGCACCUGGUGUUACGACGAACGUGUUGGAAAGCUUGAUAACGGGCUGCCGGUGCACAGCAGCAUGUACAGAGACCUCAGGACCAACCUGCCCAAGGAGGUGAUGAUGUUCCCGGACUUCCCCUUUGAACCCCAGCUUAGCAGCUUCCUGCCCCAUCAGGAGGUCCAGAGGUACCUGGAGAGGUACUGCCAGAGCCACGGCAUCCGGCCUCACAUCCGGUUCAACACUGUCGUGGAAAGCGUGAAGCCCGUCAAUGUGACGACAGAGGGCGAGGUGGAGGAGAGGACGGCGUGGGAAGUGACAUCAUCUGAUUCUUCAGGUCAUCAGAAAACUGAGACGUUUGACUCUGUCUUCGUCUGCUCGGGGCACUACUCAGACCCUCACAUCCCACUCAUACCAGGCAUCGAGAACUUUAAAGGGAAAGUGCUCCACAGUCACUCGUAUCGAUUCGCGGAGCCGUUUGCGGGUCAGUCGGUGGUCGUUCUGGGAGCCAAAGCAUCAGGUCUGGAUAUUUCCCUCGAGUUGGCCAAUGUGGGUGCCCAGGUGACUCUGAGUCACCGCCGCCCUCGGAUCACCUUCCCUCUGCCUGAUGGGAUUCAACAGUCCAGCUCAGUAGAGGCCGUCGAGGACGACGGCAGAAUUCGCUUCCAGGACGGCUCGGUGACGGAGGCGGAUGUCCUGAUGUUCUGCACCGGGUAUAACUUCAGGUUUCCAUUCUUGGACGCAGCCCAGCUGGGUCUGGACAUCCAGGACCAGAUGAUGUCACCUCUGUACCGCUUUCUGGUGCCACCCGCCUUCCCCUCGCUCUUUUUCAUCGGCAUCUGCAAGAUCAUCUGCCCCUUCCCCAACUUCAACUGCCAGGUCCAGUUCGCCCUGGCCGUGUUGGAGGGCUCGGUCACGUUACCCUCUCGAGUUCAGAUGGAGGAUGAGGUCCGGCGGGAGCUGCAGGAGAAGCUGGAGCGGGGAGUCCAGCAUCGCCACCUGCUGAUCUUGGACCAGGAUCAGUGGGAGUACUGCAACACACUGGCUCGCACCGCUGGCUUCCCACUGCUGCCUACGGUCAUACGCAGCCUGUAUGAGGAGGUGUGGCGGCAGCGACAGAUUCACCCCAAAAACUACCGGAAGCUCAAUUACAGGCUGAUCAGCGACUUGGAGUGGGAGCUGAUCAAUUAAUCGGUGAAGGGCAGGUGUGCAAAGGAAGCUGAGUCUCUAGCGCCGCAUCAGGCUGUACCUGAGAGGCCUGCUCCCUCUGCCCCUCUUCAAAUUUACUACACUUGCUUAGAUUGAGGACUUCCACCCUCAUCCGUAAUUAUACUGAUUAGCCAAUGAAAACCUUUUAUAUUUAAACUCCCGCUGCAGCUAAUAAAGGCUAAUAAGUCAUCAAACCAAAAUACAUCGACACUUCACUUAAAAGCAGCAUCAUUGAACAAGCAAAGUUUAUAGGAUGCACAAAUCUCGGAUGAGCCCCCAAUUUAGCUCAGAACACAAAGAGUGGUCUCAAGAACCACCUUACAAAUAUUCCAAUGCUUCAACUUUUGUGCUUACUGUGUGAUAAAUGUUCUCGCCUGCUAAAGCCGCUGUUGAAAACACACCUCAGAAUUUUAUUGGUCUAAAAGUCCAAAGUAUUUAAUACAUAUUGAUUUGUGAAGGCUGCUUUUACUCCCUGUGAGUCCGUGAUGUAAACUGGUGUGACUCCAGAGCUGUCACUAAUAUAUGUGACUGGAGUUUAUAACAAUGGCACUUUGCUUUUAGUUUUAAUUACUAUUAUAAAGGACAGUUAGUGCUCACAGUUGUCCUGUGAAGAAACAGACACAGGAAGGGCGGUGCUGAUUAUUUGCAGGUUAUAGAGACCUCCAGCACUGAUGCUGCUACAGAGAUGAGACUGUGAGUCUGUGCAACGAGGUGUUGGCAGGUUUUAGAUGACACAAAUAGAAGCAAAUCUGUGACGCCGACAGGCAGAAAGCGAAGCACUGCAGUAGGUUUUACCUCACAGUCUGAAGGUGUGAUUAGAGCGCAGAGCGCGGCAGGAUCGCAGGCCCCGUUUCCUCUCAGGAGUCGAUUCAGCUCAUUUUAAAUGAGCCAAUCAAGCUGAUUCUCAGGCCUUCAGAAAUCAUCUCACAGCAUGAAUCUAAAUGUGUUUGCCCACAGCUGGCAGCAGGCAGAGUGAGCUCUACACAGUGACAUUAUCACUAACUGCACUUUAUAUGCUGAGAUUUGGACGGUCACUGUGUUUUUAAUGGGCUGAUCCCUGCAGCGAUAUCCUAUGAUUCAGGGCUGACGGGAACUCUCAAAGUGUAAUCAGAUUACUGUGAAAUCAUGGUUCCAGCUCCACAGAGGACCAAGCUUUGUAGAUUUAAUCACCUUCUAGUGCCACCCUCUGCUGUGAUUAGCAGAGCUGCCUCUAAUAAACAUUGUACACUCAAAUCUACCUCAAUCGUUACAAUAAACGUUCAUUAUUUCAAGGACAAAGACUCGCUGUGGAUGAGUCAGAGAUUAAUAAGCACUAAUUAUUAAAUGCAGAGAGGUGUAUAAACACAUAGUGAGUGAAGAAGAAACACCCAGUGCAUCAUGGGAAUCCCCGG